CCCCCCCCUUCCCCAGUCUCUCUCUCUCUCUCAUCUUCUCCAUUUUUAUCAGACUCCAAGCUUUUUCCCCCCCCUCUCUCUUUUUGUUUGUGUGCGAGGGUGAGACUGUUGAGACCACAUCCAUUAUUGGGCGGGGGAUGCAAUGGCCAGAUGGGUUUCUGCAAAGCUGUCUGCAGGAGCUACCAUUUUACUUGGAACCCACUUUAUGUACAGACUAGUAGGAGGGUUUGCUAAUGCUUGUUUGAAAGCUGCAUUUUCUCCCUGUUAUCUAAAACCCUAGUCAUCACCAUUAAAACCCUCCAUUUCUGGCAGAAAGCUCACCUCUUUUUCUUUACAGUUCCACACUCUUCCAAAAGUCCCAACUUUUCAAACUUCAGCCCACCUUUGAUAGCAAACUCACCUGCCUGCUGCUGCUAGCCCUACUUUUGCUUGGCAAGAAAGGAGAGAAGAUGGGCUGUGUUGCCUCUAGGCUAGAGGAAGAAGAAGAAGUGGUUUCUAUUUGCAGAGAGAGAAAGAAGCAGCUGAAGCUGGCAGUGGAGAGAAGAUAUGCUCUUGCUGAUGCCCAUGGAAGGUACUGUCAAGCUCUGUAUGGAGUCUCAGCAGCUAUAAGGCUGUUUGUUGCCUGCCAUUCUUCACCUCCUUCCCCAUUUCUCAUCACCUUCCCACCACCUUGUCCACCCUCUCCACUCAAAGAAAAUGUAGUCUCCAACCCACUGUUCCUUCAACAAACACCUUCUGAACCCACCAAGGCAGCUAUUGGCUGCGAGUCUUGUGCUUCUUCAACAUCUUCAGAGUCCUCUGAACCAGAGAGAGAAGAAAGAGCAGAGAGGCAAGAAGAAGAACAAGAGCAAGUUUGUGGGUAUUUCUAUAUGCAAAUGCCACCAUCAAUGCCUUCACCACAGCGAGAUUUUGGCUGGGAUUUCUUUAACCCUUUUGACAUCCUAAGGCCAGAGAUAAUAAGCGGAUACAGCCGCAACUCUGAUGAUGAUCUUAGGGUAGUGAGGGAAGAAGAAGGAAUUCCGGAGCUGGAAGAGGAAGGAGAUAGAAUGGAGGAAGAAAAGAAGGUGGCGGCGGCUGAAGAAACAGAGAAUGUAGAGAACCAACAGAAUGGGGUUGAAGUUAUUAGGGAAGCGGAUGCUCCUAGCCAGGGAGAGCAAAAGAGUUUAACAGUUAUUGACACACCAGAAAAGGGUAGAGAGUUAUUGGAAGCAAUGAAGGAUAUAGAGGACCAUUUCAUUAGGGCUUAUGAUUCUGGCAAGGAUGUGUCCAGAAUGCUAGAGGUUAAUAGGUUCCAUUUGCAGUCUGGUUUGGAGGAAAUAAAAGAAAACUCCACAAAACUUAUCCAAGCCAUCACAUGGAGGUCCACUUCAUCCCGGACUUCAUCCUGUAAAAGUCUUGCAGCAUCUAGUUCCAAAGGCUCUUCAACCUGGACAGAAUUCAACAAUGAUCUCUUUGAUGAUUAUGGAGGAAUGGACUCUGGGAGCCAUUCUCUGACACUAGGAAGGCUAUAUGCUUGGGAAAAGAAGCUUUACGAGGAAGUUAAGGCUGGAGACAACACCAGGAAAAUAUACGAGAGGAAGUGCAAUCAGCUAAGAAAUCAGGAUGUUCGAGGAGAUGAUAGGCUAGUUGUGGACAGAACUAGAGUUGCAGUCAAAGAUUUGUAUAGCAGGAUCCUGGUUGCAAUUAGAAGUGCCGAAUCGAUUUCAAAACAAAUUGAGAAACUCAGAGAUGAAGAAUUGCAACCCCAAAUAAUUGAACUGCUACAAGGCUUGACAAGAACCUGGAAGGUUAUGUGGGAAUCUCAUGAAAUCCAAAACAAAAUUAUGUUUAAAGUGAAAUCCUACACCUGCCCCACUUACGGGAAAUUCUGCAACAACACCCAUCGACUUGCAACACAGCAACUUGAGGCUGAGAUUCACAAUUGGAGAACACGCUUCAUAGAGUACAUUGCAGCACAGAAAGCAUACAUCGAAGCGCUCUAUGGAUGGCUAUCAAAGUUUGUUAUCCCCGAAGUUGAAUUCUACUCUAGGAGCAGGAAUUCAUCCCUGCCUUGUCGAGUCAGUGGUCCUCCGUUGCUUGUGAUCUGCCAUGGUUGGUUAGCGUCCAUGGACAAGCUGCCAGACAAGGCAGUUGGCAUUUCCAUGGAAGGCUUUGGUAAGGACAUAAGGGCUUUAUGGGUGCAGCAAGGGGGGGAACAGCACCAGAAGAGGAAAGUGGACGGUAUGGCGAAAGAACUUGAUAGAAAGAUUCUUGCGUACCAGAAGUCCGAGAACAGGAUUUUCGAAUCCAAGCUUUCAGAGCACAACUCAGACCCAGGCAGCCGUGCUGAGUUCUUGAAUGAGAAGAAGGAUUCACUGGAUGCUUUCCGGAGGAGGGUAGACGGUGAGAAAGAAAAACACAUAGACUGCAUGCAAGAAACACAACGGAUCACACUCAAUGGAUUCCAAACCGGGUUUUGUGGAGUCUUCGAUUCCCUGACAGAGUUCUCCAAGGCUUCUCUAAAAAUGUACAACGACCUUUUGAAGCAGAGCGUGAGCGCCCAGAAAAAAGGGAAUCCAGGGUACAUAGAAGGUCCCCAGAAUGGAGAAGAUGCAAGCACAUGACAGAGAGGAAGGAAACCGGUCAAGCUUAGUUUAGAUUUUAGUUUAGGGGUGGUAGGUUUGAGGGUUCUGCAGCUAUUUAUUGUACAUUAGAUUGUGUCGAAGCAGCUCGCUGAGACAACACUUGUAGUAGUAGUAGGGAUUUCUAUUUCAUUCAGGUGGCUCACCAUCUUUACUGCCUAGUCAUCGUCGUCGCCGUAUUAAAGAUUGCCUGCAAUUUUGUGGGAGACAUGUAAAUUCCUGAGCCGACCAACCUUCUGGGCAAGAAUUCUGCCAAGAAGCGUAGAGGUUGAGAUGGAGCUGGGCAAUCUUGUGAGUACCAAGUAGGUGGGUUGGUUGGUUUUGUGUUGAGAAUGUAAGGGACUUAGGAAGCAGUAUUUUAAUAGCCUUCCUCCAAGCUUUGCAUCUUCUUCUUCUUCUUUAGCUUGUAUGUCUUUCUUGAGGAGCCCUUUCUACUCUUGGAUCUUCACAUUUGCUAAUUAUGCAACUCUCGCAUCAAAUGGUAAUUCAAAUUUCUAUUUGUCCUGUAGCUGUAGGAAUCGGCAAUUGUCCUUUUAAGGCUAAACUCUCAACUACUAUUUGUUGGCGGCCUUUGGGUUACUGUUGAAGAAGAAGUUAGGUACAAGGGCUCUCUCUCACUUC